UAACAAGCUAACUUUGUAGCCGAUAUUUUCCGCACAUUUUUCCAGACUAUUUAUGUGUGUAACUCACUCCAUACCAGUGGUGGGGAAAAUCUGCAACGAGUGAUUUAUUAGAAAGUCGCUAUGAUAUGUCUGAGGUCCAUAGCAAGGAAGUUAGUGAGAGAGGAUGGGCAACAGCCACUCAGAGCAGGAGCAACAGCCCGAGAAAAGCCUCGUGAGGGGCGACACUGAGAAGGGAAAAGCGAAAGAGGCAGAAAAGACCACCACUAAGGUUUCCACCUCCAAGCUCUUAAGCUCUGUGCCACCCAGUCAGUUCAAGGGCAUCCCAGACUUCACUGUAAACAUGGGGCAAGCUUCUCUGUGCUCACUGCAGGCAACCCCAUCUCUAUCAAGUCUCUCCACAGAGAGCCCAAUGAGCAUGCAGGCUGUUCCUACGUCCUCUGCUACCCCUUCCUCUCCUUUCUGGCAUACCCCUAUAAUCCCCCCCCACCCAUCCCAGACAACGUCUUUACCGAAACCUCAGCCACAGGGCCCAUCAUCGCAGGAGGCAGCCCUGGCCCCCAACCCUCAGCCAACACAGCAGAGACCAGCACCAGUGGCCCCCAACCCUCAGCCAACACAGCAGAGCCUAGCACCAUUGGCCCUAAACCCUCAGCCAACACAGCAGAGCCUAGCACCAGUGGCCCUAAACCCUCAGCCAACACAGCAGAGACCAGCACCAGUGGCCCCCAACCCUCAGCCAACACAGCAGAGCCUAGCACCAGUGGCCCUAAACCCUCAGCCAACACAGCAGAGCCUAGCACCAGUGGCCCCCAACCCUCAGCCAACACAGCAGAUCCUAGCGCCAGUGGCCCCCAACCCUCAGCCAACACAGCAGAUCCUAGCGCCAGUGGCCCCCAACCCUCAGCCAACACAGCAGAUCCUAGCGCCAGUGGUCCCCAACCCUCAGCCAACACAACAGAGACUAGCACCAGUGGCCCCCAACCCUCAGCCAACACAACAGAGACUAGCGCCAGUGAAAGCAGUGAGAAAGGCUUCACUUAGGUCUCCUCAGAACCCUGUCACCCCCACUGCCCCAGCCAAGACCCAGCCCACCCCCACUGCCCCAGCCAAGACCCAGCCCACCCCCACUGCCCCAGCCAAGACCCAGCCCACCCCCACUGCCCCAGCCAAGACCCAGCCAACCCCCACUGCCCCAGCCAAGACCCAGCCAACCCCCACUGCCCCAGCCAAGACCCAGCCAACCCCCACUGCCCCAGUCAAGACCCAGCCCACACCUACCAUCCCAGGUAAGACCCAGCCCACACCUACCAUCCCAAGUAAGACCCAGCCCACCUCCACUGCCCCAGCCAAGACCCAACAAGAUCCUCCUCCUCAAAAUAUCACUGCCAGGUCACAACUGAUUAGGAUUAGUCAACCCGAUGGAACACGUAUUACCCUUGAUGAACUGAAGUCUAAACUUAGAACCCUUUGUGGUGACACUCACAGCAGCACGGGCACAAGUGGGAGCACGGGCACAAGUGGCAGCAUUGAGGAUAGAAAGUCUUUGCCUAUAUCACCACCAAUGGUUGUUACUAAACCCCAGAGGAGAUCCAGGAGACCAGAUGGAACAUCUAUUACUCUUCAUGAACGGAAGGAUGGACUUCCAGAGAACAAGAAAACCAGCACCCCUAGUGGUGACACUGGCAACAACAAGGGCACAAUCAGCAGCACACCCACUGGUUCUCUCAAAGUGCCUCCAAACUUUGUGCUCUCUAAAAAGAUUCUGAAAAAGAUUGAGCAUAGGAUGGAGUAUGUGAAGAAGCAGGAGAGUCUGCCUCCCCCUCCCAGCCCACUGAGGCAGGCGUCAGUCAGGGCAGCUCUGAACGGAGUCCCCUUCAUCGAGGCUGUCAAAACUUCCACGCCUAAAGUCAAGCCUGCUCACAGAGAGGCCAAGGCCCAGAAAGCCAAGACCUCCAAAUCAGACUAUAACUUCAGCACUGCUGCCCAGACAAUACAGCCAGCAUGCCAGCCACAGCACAACCCAGAGCCUGCUAGCAAACCAGACAAACCACCUGGAACUUCAGCAGCACCCGUUCCAAAUGCUGCCUCAUCUGUCCCAAACAACUUGUCCUUUUCUCUUGGGACAACCACACCUUCAGCACAAACCCAGAAAGAGAAACGGUCUAAAACCCAACCUCAGACUAAAGCAGCCCCUGAGGCUCAGGGCGCUGGUAGCACCUCGACCAGUUGCACCACGAGCAUCACCGGUAAACCAGCGGGGACAGGAAGCGGCAGCCAGCUCACCUUCUCUCCCAACUCUGUGAGCGGACGUGCCCAGGCUGCCAGACUGAGGCUGAAGCAGAUGAGAGAGGACAGGUCCAGGGCCCAGCCAGCAGAGGACAGCAAAGAGGACAGGUACAGGGCUCAGCCAGCAGAGGACAGCAAAGAGGACAGGUCCAGGGCCCAGCCAGCAGAGGACAGGUCCAGGGCUCAGCCAGCAGAGGACAGCAAAGAGGACAGGUACAGGGCUCAGCCAGCAGAGGACAGCAGAGAGAACCACCUCUCGACAGAGCCACCCAGAGCUUCACAUCGAACACCAGUUCAACCCCCACCACGACCCCUCACACCAGGACCAAGCCAAUAUCGAGGCCCUAUCACCAUCAAGCAGGGACAGAAGCCCUCAAGAGGACAGCCAGAAGCCAGACCCACUACAGAGGGCAAGAAACAGCCAGAGGUCAAACCCUCAAGAGAGGGCAAGAAACAGCCAGAGGUCAAACCCUCAACAGAGGGCAAGAGUCCACAGCAGCUGCAGGAGGGCAUCAGGGAAGCAUCAGGAUUCACCAGGACACACUACACUAACUGGUACGUAUCUAAUGCCCAGUUGCCCUCCUUUACAGAGCCCAUGGUUGCCGAGGCAACACAGCUGAUGGACAGGUAUCAGAAGUAUUGUAAUGAGUUCCAUUAUCCUGAUGGCAGAGGUGUGGUAGACUUCUCCAAGUUCAGCAUGUCUACAACACUUGGUAAGGUGAGGGAGGUGGAUGAUCCUACAGAGGUAAACACAGCCUUUGAGGAGUGGUACAGUGGCAUCAACCCUUUCACACCUAAAACUACUACUGACAUACCCACUACCCAGCUACCCCAAGCCCCAGACUCAAAACCCACGCCAGAUGCCCCAGCCAAGGCUCCUCCCGCUCAGUCCAGGAGGGCAGAAAAGGUGAAGACAAAGGAUACCAAGAAAGAGGAACAAAUUGAGGAUAUCCCACCAGCCUCUCCCCAGUCUCCCAAGUGCCCUCCCUACCCAUCAGGCUGCUGGCACCCGUUCACAGUGGAUAAGUCCUGCUCGCGCCAGGCCCGCUGCCAGCACCGUGCCACUAACGCAGCGCUGCCACCAAACGUCACCAAGUGGUUGAACGUGAGGAGGAACUACCUGUGUGAGCCCCCCUGGGUCACCACGGCAACCCUAGCCACCUCCUUAGCGCUGAGAGAGAGAGAGGAGAGACUCGCUAGUGACACACAUUCAUUCACAAAUACUGGAGGAAAUAUUUAUACCGAGUAGUACAGUAGUCAUGUUAAGUCACCUAUUAAAUUACACUGUAGACCAUAAGUCAGGAA